GAACAACCCCCGCAAUCCCCAAUCCUAUUCUUCGUAACUCUAGCUUCACAACUAUAAGAUUCCAUGAUUUCGUCAGCUGCCGUAACGUCGGGCAAGAAUUAUGGCGAGUUCAGGAUUUUCAGCGGUGAAGAAAACCAGAAGCGGCUUAGCGAACGCCAUCGAGCACCUUGGAGAAAAAAGAAAUUCGGGGUAGAACGGAGAUAUUAUGGAGUCGUAUGGGGUAUCCUGGUUGGAGAACAGAUCAAGAUUGGGGUUUAUAUUAAAAGAACGUAGAUCUUCGACGAGCCUCACAGUAACAAUAUGUUCCCCGCCGAUUGUUUCUAUGGGCAUUUGCUAGUGGAACUUUCGAGAUUGUAAUUUGGAGCGAUGAAGCUGCUCUGGAGUCUUGCGAUCAGCACUUUGAUGCUGGCCGUAAGGGCUACCGCGACCAACACAACCAAAGACUUGACAGAAUAUGUAAAUCUCUUCAUUGGUACCGAAGGCCCAGUUAAGGGUACAGCUUAUAAUGCUGGCAAUGUCUUUCCCGGGGCUACUCUUCCGUUCGGCGCGGUCAAGGUUGGGAUUGAUACUACUCGGUGGAAUGUCUCGUUUUCUGCAAAUGCUGGAUAUACCCCAGAUGGCAACGUAACCGGAAUCACGAUGCUGCAUGAGAGUGGAACGGGAGGUGCACCGACAUAUGGUCUCAUACCGCAGAUGCCUCUCACCACUCUUGAAGGUGUCAAUGUUCUAGACAAUCUGACUUACAUGCAACCGAGAGUUGGCGAAGAUGUAGCUAACGUCGGGUACUACAAAACUCAACUUCAGAGCGGCGUAACUGCCGAGAUGAGCGCUAGCAUGCAUGCUGGAAUCAUGAGAUAUACUUAUCCUAAGGACGCAGACGGACGCUUCGUCCUUGUUGACCUAAGCCAUUUCCUCCCGAGCACUGGAAAGAAAGAACAGUGGUAUAGCAAUGGGAAGCUUGAACGUAGCGACGAUGGUACCUGGUACUCAGGCUACGGUGUUUAUCGAGAGGGUUGGGCUUGGGGCGGUGACUUUCGAGUAUACUUCUGCGCUCAAUUCGACUCCACCCCAUCGCAUGUCCAGCUAUUCUCGGGCAAAGCAACAGACCCAUACUGGCCAAACGCAACUGACGCCAGGCCGACUUUCACUAAUCAAACCCAAAUCGAGGGCGGAACCGUAGGAUAUCAAUACGCAGACCGAAUUGGUGCUUUGUUCGAGUUUCCGUCGAACGUCACAACUGUCAAAUCCAAGGUUGGGAUAUCUUGGGUUUCGACGGACAAAGCGUGUCAAUUCCUCGAGGAAAUCCCACUUUGGAACCUAGAAGCUGUGCGGGAUGCCGCCCAAAACCAGUGGAACUCGGAAGUACUCUCAAAAAUUGAUGUUACAACUGCGAAUGAAACCCAGCUCGAGAUGUUCUACACCGCGAUGUACCAUGCUCACCUGCUCCCUUCAAACAGGACAGGGGAGAACCCGUACUGGGAGUCCGACGAGCCUUAUUAUGAUGAUUUCUACACUAUCUGGGAUACAUUCAGAUGCCUUCACCCCCUUCUAACCCUCAUUCAACCCAAAACCCAAAUAGGUAUCGUCAGAGCUUUGAUUGAUAUAUGGAGAUUUGAAAGGUUCAUGCCGGAUGGGAGAAGUCAUAACUUCAACGGAAGGGUGCAAGGUGGUUCCAAUUCGGAUAACGUGCUCGCCGACGCGUAUGUAAAGGGGCUUCAGGGGGGCAUCAAUUGGACGGACGGCUACGCAGCAAUGAAGACUAAUGCGGAACUUCAACCAUACAACAAUUUCGAUUUCGAGGAUCCGACUGGGAGUACGAAAGAAGGACGCAGUGCGCUCGAUGAUUGGAAACAAUAUGGUUACGUGACGCCUUCAAAAGGUCGGUGCCUUAGCAAGACGGUCGAAUACUCGUUGAAUGACUUCUCGUUAUCUCAAGUCGCCAAGGGAGAAGCGCCUGAAGACACGGUGAAGUAUCUCAACCGUUCUGCGGGCUGGCAGAAGACGUGGGCUGCGGACGUAACAUCACUGAACUUUACCGGUUUCCUCGCCCCGAUGUAUCCGAACGGUAGCUACCAAGACUACGAUCCACUUUCAUGCGGCGCAUGCGAAUGGAGCAGUAUCAGCUAUGAGGGUGUCCCUUGGGAGUAUAGUUGGACAAUACCAUUUGACAUGGAAUCGUUGAUCUCUCUUAUGGGAGGCCCAGAAAAAGCCGAGGCAAGGCUAGACACCAUGUUUAUCCCGGGCCUUACAGGAUCAGAUCAAGGGGGAAACAGCAUCGGUACGACGAUAUUUAACCCCGGAAAUGAGCCAAGCUUUAUGACGCCGUUCCUGUACAACUACUUCCCGAAGCGGCAGCAUAAGUCUGUUCAGAGAUCACGCGAAGUUGUCGACCAGUACUACAACACCGGGCGCUCGGGAAUCCCAGGCAACGAUGACGCUGGGGCCAUGAGUAGUUGGUUGGUCUGGAAUAUGAUCGGCCUGUACCCUGUGGUAACCCAGCCGGUGUACUUAGUCCUUGCCCCACGAUUCGAAGAUAUCACUAUGAAGCUCGGGGACGACGGCCCGGUUUUGAGGAUAAAGGCGACGGGGUUGGAUAAGGGAUCGUACGUACAAAGUCUUAAGAUUAAUGGUCGAUCAUGGAACAAGAGCUGGAUUGGCCAUGAAGACAUAGUUCGACCUGAUGGGCAGGAUAGCUUAUUGGAGUUCGAACUUAGCGCUGACCCGGCGGCAUGGGAUGUUGGCGAGGUACCACCUAAUCCCGGUCACAUCACUCUCUGAUAAAGGCCUGCGUAGGUACCAACGAUAUUCAUGAGUUCAUGAAAUUUCAGUACACCUCUAAACAUAGAUAGUGGGACUUAUUCUGAGUAUGAUUUUGU